UAGCUCACGGAGGUCACUAUGGUAAGUACCUCUUGAUUGCACUCGUUUGUUGCGAGUUGCCUUCGUUCGUACGACGUCGCUAAUCAUCUCUCCUUCUAGGUGCCAGUGCAGCAGUAAGUCCCACCAUUCUUCCCCUCUCCCGUCUCAUCUCCCAUCUUGACUCUCGCUUCUCGUCUCUUGUUACCGGGUUCUUCCCUUCUUCCUACAUUUCUACCAACUAUCGAUCCCUUCUUUCCCAUAUUACCGCUUUACUAACGCAGUCAAUCUAGCUCGCAAAUUCUGGUUUCGCACCCGCCGAGCUCUACACCGGGCCUUGGGCCAAUGUUCACCAGGGUCUACACGGCCAAUACAAGGAUAUUCUAACAACCUACUGGCAAAAUACCAUCAACCACCUCGAGUCAGACCAACAUGACUACAAGCUCCAUCAACUACCCCUGGCUCGAAUUAAGAAGGUCAUGAAGGCCGAUCCCGAGGUCAAGAUGAUAUCUGCCGAAGCUCCCAUCCUAUUCGCGAAGGGGUGCGAUAUAUUCAUCACCGAACUAACGAUGCGGGCGUGGAUUCAUGCCGAAGAGAAUAAGAGACGAACAUUGCAGCGAUCCGAUAUUGCGUCUGCUCUCGCUAAGAGCGACAUGUUCGACUUCUUAAUCGACAUCGUUCCGCGCGAAGAGGCAAGUCACGCUAAGCGCGCUAACCCCGCCCAGGCGCAACAGUCUCAAGGUGGCGUGCCGCCCGCAGCAGCCGGUAACCAAAUGCCGGGCUCGCACGGGAUGCCCGGAGCCGCCAACCACAUGGCACCGGGCGACUACGGCAUGGGCAGCCACGCCAUGGGCUCCGACCAAGAAUACCGCGGCCCGCCCAUGUACAAUCAAGUCCAAACCGGCCCCGGCGGUCCCUAUAGCCAACAACCACCCCAAGCCAUGUACGGGGAUAUGGAGGGGAUGUACGGCUACCCAGGCAUGCCCCAGCAGCCAUAGGAGGAUAGCAGGGCGCUCCUAGAGAUGUAUAAUCAGGUGACGAUUAACCAAGUUUACAAUGAACCCUAGGAUGGUGAGUUCCGAAACGAGGGAUCUCAAGAAACAUAUCCAAAUUACUACUACUUAGGAGAAGGAGAAGGGAAUAGGACCGGGCAACAGUAUCAUAAAAUUUACAGAAACGACUUCCGUGAAUACUACCACUACUACUAGGCGACAGACACAUGUUCUUAUUUUGACAGUACGGCGCAGGGGUUUAUAGGUCAUCGGGUUUUCUAGCCGCCAU